AUGCCAGAGACACAGCGGUCAAGAUCUCCGCUAUUGAAGUCUUUGUCUUCUAAAGAUUUGAGGAGCAAGACUCAGGCUAGACCGCCAUUUGCAAAACAGCUCUCCAAUGAACACCAGACUUUCCCUUCGGAUACGUCUUUAUUCCAUGAUCUGGAUAGUUUACUUAGCAAGAAAUUACAUUUGGGUGAUUCAAAUGAAUUGCAGCAUGAAAACAACGGCACAGAUAGACAAUCUAAUGAAGCGAACAAUAGCAGUGAGAUUAUUGAUACUCAGGAUGAUGCUAAUGGGGAAGAAGAUGAUGAGGAUUCAGAGUUUGCAAAUGUCGAUGAGAUCGAUGGACCAAUCUCCCCCAGUUCUAGUUCUGGUAGCCUGAAAGAUUAUUUCCAAGGUUAUGAUUCAUAUACUAACGGACAAGCAUCACCGAAGCAACUAAGGAAGGUUUCACCCGAAUUGAAUGACAAAGAUAAAAUAAUUACAUAUGAGGAUGUCAAAGUUGAAGAAGAUAAUAAUUUACCAGUAGACGAUGCAUUAAAGAAGUUGUUACAAGAAAAAGCAGACGAGAUUGAAAGAGGUGAUCUUUCACAUUCAUUUACCAAGCCUACGUUAGAUUGGCAGGCUUCCGAUUUUAAUUCAUUAUUUCACGAACUAUCAGAAUGGUUCAUACAAAAGGACUAUGGGAGCUUAAAGACUGCAAAGUUGAGCUUUGAAAAAAACUAUGAUAGUUCGAAAUUUAUCGAAGAGCGUAAAUACGCUAUUCAAGUUAUUACAGAGCUUGGUAAAAAGCUAGAGGUAAAUUCAGUGGAUAUCAAUACCUUGCUUUGUCUGGCGUAUAUUUCUUUCGGAACUUUUCAGGAAACGAACAGUUAUUUCCAUCAUUUAGACAUUCUACGGAGGAAUAAUACUCUAUUGAUGAUGAUUUCAAAGGUACUCUUACCUUGCUUUAAGAAACAUGCAGAUUGUUGUAGGGUGAAGAACACUAAUUUGCAACAAUAUAAUACUCUUUUGUUCUACUCGGGUUCAAUCACUUAUUUUAUGAUCAAUAUAGCUAUUGAGCAAAGAAGCAUGCACACCAAAGCUGUAGAAGAUUUUAUUGAUGUCGUACAUUCAUCUGGCUUGAUGCUUUUCCUUACAAAAUAUAUAGACCAUUGGCGUUGGAAAAGUCGACUCUCAAUGAGAAUAAGAAAUAUCAUUAUUUUAUUCCAUAAAGUGCUUCUAUUACAGUUUGGUGAAGAGAGCCAUUAUGACGCAGUGAAGAGAUUUGUUCUUCAACAUCACAAAAUUGAAAAGAAAGACUCCUCUGCUUCGAAUCUUUCAAUAUCUCCAUUGGAAUAUGUUGCUUUUAGGGAAGAUAUCACCUCAAGAUUUCCAUCUUCUCAGCUUCCAGAACCGACAUAUCCUAGCAUGCUUGACAACCCCAAUUCUCUUUCACAAUUUUUAGAGAUUCCGAGACCCCGUUCGAGGAGCAGUUCUAACAUGUCGUUGGGAGAGCCACAAGUGCAUAUGGCAACGCCUGCACCAUCACAGCCGGCAUCACCCACAAGCUCGCCCAACGGAUUGAAAACGAGGAAGUCAUUUCAAGCCAAUUUAUCAUAUCCAGCAUUUUUUCCAUCCUCUGGUGACUAUGAUACUGGUGUGGUAGACGAACUUAGUAAUAAGCUGAGUAUUGCGGUGCCUGAGACAGUGUUACCGUAUAACAUGCAAGAAGCAAUCGAAAUUUUGUCAAAAUCUGUGCAUAUAAAACUAUCUACUAAACAACUAUGGCAUGAAAGAGAAUUAUUUAUGGUGCAAGAACGAGGAUGGACAAACACUGAGGUACAUGAGAAGGACCCAUUCACGUAUAGAGGUAUACAGAAUGAGGAACCUGAAACCAUGAAUCGCAUCGAAGAUUAUUAUGCUAAUGCUUUACCCCAUUUUUCAUCUCUAGUAUAUGUUCUAUUAGAAACUAUUGAAACUUGUAUGUCAAACAAAGUAUACCUUGAAGAGGAUUUUUCUGAAGAAGAAAUUAAUGAGCUUCAACCACAAUUGGAACUUAUAAGAUCAAAGGAAAUUGCAAUGGAAUCGAGUUCUGCCAUACUUUUCCUCCUUUUAAAAUGGUUUAAGGUUAGCCACUUUCUUAAAUUUGAGUAUCUUUGCUCGUUGAUUUACGAUUCAAAGUUCAUUACGACAAGCGUAGGCAUCCUUCAAUCUUUUACUGAUCAAUAUCAAAACAGAAUUUACUCUAAACAUUUACAACCUACCCAUUCUUUUUGGAGUGAAUGUUCUUUAUACAAUGUUCAAUAUAAAGAAACUCUUGAGAUAUCAACCGCAAAUGAGAAAGCAAACAGAUUAAAUCUCCGAAUGCUCAAUUCCGAGGUGUAUCUAUUACGAGUGUUAUCCAAAAUAACUGGGAAAAAGACACAAAGGCUAAAAGACCUACCACUUAAUGUUAGUAACAUAUUCAAGGCAUUGUAUUCUAUCUUUAAUCUGGACAUAUACCACCCCAUAUUAAAGAUAAUUCACGAAUUGGCACCAUUCAAGAAUAAAAGAUGGAGGGCAGAUCAUAUGGAAUUGAUUUCUGGAGUGUUCUUACAUGAGAAACUUCAUUUAACAGAUAACUGGAUAACAGGGAAGGAUAUCACGGGCGAGAUCAACGAUUCCUAUGGCCAAGAAAUUGCUUUACGGGCCAUGCUGCAAUUCUACAAUUUCUAUCACUAUAAAAGAACUAUGGAACAUUGCGGGUACGAUGACAAAUUCUCUAACUCUUUCUUUUCAAGGGAGGCUGAACUACUCUCUGCUCCUUAUUAA